GGGAAACAACUCACCAUCUCCUGUCAAAAACAAAAUAAGCUACAAACUAUAUUUUUACGGCUUAAUUAAUGGAAUUAUCAAAAGAUUUUGAUGGAAAUGCGUUUACAGUUGACGAUGACAAAGAUGACUUAAUUUCUCCUGAUGAAGGACCAGUUAUUGGUAAAGGUGGUCAUGUGAUCGAAGCAAGGGGAAGUGUUGACUUACAGAAAUCCAAAGGAGAGACAUCUCCCCUUUCACAUAACAAGAAAGGGUCAGCUUCAGGAAAAGAUUUACAAACGUCCCAUGGAUUGAAGGUUAUAGUUGGAGUAGCAAUAGGAUUCUCUGUACUGGUUACCAUAGCGCUGCUCCUUACCAUCUAUCUAGGUCAUGGACAGGUUGGGGCUUCAGGUGCUGUAGCAGCAGAUGUCCCAGAAUGUUCAGUUAUGGGGUUGACUAUACUAGAACAGGGAGGCAAUGCUGUGGAUGCUGCUGUCUCAACAAUGUUUUGUGUGGGUGUGGUCAAUGCACAGAGUUCUGGGAUAGGAGGUGGAGGUUUCAUGAUGGUUCAUGAUCAUAAAACAAAUGAAGCUAAAGUCUACGAUUUUAGAGAAGUUGCUCCAAAAGCUGCCACAAAGACAAUGUUUGGUGGUGAUUCAGCCAAAACAUUAAAGGGAGGUCUGUCUGUUGCUGUGCCUGGAGAGCUUAAAGGAAUGGAACUGGCACAUAAAAAAUAUGGAAAGUUACCAUGGAGUUCUGUAGUAAAACCAGCUGCAAAUUUAGCCAGAAAUGGAUACAAGGUUACCAUGGCAAUGGCAACAGAUUUUAAAACAGGAAAGGUCAAAAUAAGUGAUUUCCAAGGUCAGCUUGGUAACAUCUACCUAACAAGUGAUGGACAGUUUGUAAAGGAAGGGACGAAGAUCAAAAACAUAAAGUUAGCUGAUACUCUAGACAUCAUUGCAGCUAAAGGCAGCGAUGCAUUCUAUGAGGGAGAACUAGUACAGAGUAUUGUUAAUGCUGUAACAAAUGCAGGAGGCAUAUUGACAGCGGAUGACCUGAAGGAUUAUGAGGUAGUAGUUAGAGAUGUUGUCAAGACAACAUAUAAAGAUCAGACAUUGAUAUCAGUACCAGCUCCAGGGGGUGGACCAGUAAUAUUAUCUAUCAUGAACAUAUUGGAAGGGUAUAACUUCAAAUCAGGCGAUAAAAACCAAACUAAGACAGUACACAGAAUGUUAGAGGCAUUUAAAUUUGGCUUUGCUCAACAACAAGAACUAGCUGACCCCAAAUUUGAAUCUUCUGCAUUGAAUGCUACUAGUAAGAUGUUAGAUAAAGCUAUGGCUAAAUUGAUCAUGAAUAAGACAACAGAAAAGACACAUGCUGAUCCUUCCUUUUAUAAUGGUGUGGUAGCCAUGUCUCCAGAGAAAGGAACAUCUCAUAUAUCUGUUAUAGAUGCUCAGGAAUUAAUGGUCUCUGUGACUACAACGGUCAAUUAUUGGUUUGGAUCUAAGAUAAUGACAGAUACUGGGAUUUUACUGAAUAACCAGAUGGCUGAUUUUGCUGAUCCUGAUAAUCCUGAUACCAAAAAUAACAAGCUGAAUUAUAUUGCUCCUGGGAAACGCCCACUUUCCAACAUGGCACCAGUUAUUUUGUAUAACCAGGACUCCCCUUGCAAAAUGAGACUUGUGAUUGGUGGAGCCAAUGGAUCAAGGAUUAUAACUGGUGUGACAGAGGUAUUACUGAAUGUUGUAUCAUUUGGAUUGACAAUGGCAGAUGCUAUUAGUGCUCCUAGGAUCCACACACAGCUUUAUCCUUCUGAUGUAGAGUAUGAAGAUGGAUUUCCACAGAAAGUUAUAGAUGAAUUAGGAAAAAUGGGACAUAAGAUGGUGAAGGCUUCAGAAGGUUUAAAUGAAGUUCAGGGUAUAAAGAAGGUCAACAAUAGAAUAAAUGCUGUGUCCGACUACAGAAAAGGAGGGAAAGCGGCUAUUUUUAAUACAAAUACAUAAUACGAAAGUCUUUUAGGUUUAUAAUACUGUAAAAUAUUUAAUAUUUACGUCUCCUAGGUUUUACUGUACUGUAAAAUAUUCAAUAUUCAUGUCUCCUAGGUUUAACCUUACUGUGAAAUAUUUAAUAUUCUUGUCUCCUAGGUUUUACUGUACUGUAAAGUAUUAAUUCUUUGCAAUUUAUAUUGUGAAAACUGUGUUGGGCAAUCAGAACGGGCAUUUUUAUUUCUAUAUUCAUUAUAGGUGUUGUGAUUGUUGUUUAAACUGUGACUGGAUAUUUAUGUUUCACAUAAAUUAGUGUGGCAUUAUAUUUAUGUUUCACAUUAAUUAGUGUGGCAUUACAUUUAUGUUUCACAUUAAUUAGUGUGGCAUUACAUUUAUGUUUCAUAACUAAUUAGUGUGGCAUUACAUUUAUGUUUCAUAAUUAACUAGCGUGGCAUUACAUUUAUGUUUCACAUAAUUAGUGUGGCAUUACAUUUAUGUUUCACUAUAAAAGUUGGUUACAGUAAAACUUUAAUCAAAUUUUAUUCUCAAUUUUUUAUGCCCCCGCCGUAGCGGAGGGGGCAUUAAGUUUUACCCUUGUCCGUCUGUACGUCCGUAGGUCCCAAAGUUGGUUUCUGUUCUCUAACUUUAGUUUGCCUCAACCAAAUGUUGUGAAUCUUAUACACAAUGCUUAUUACCACAAAUCACAGAUCAAGACUGAAUUUUGGUGGCGUCACUUUAACCGUUUUAGAGUUAUGCCCCUUUACAAAUGGAAAAUUUGCUGAAUUUUACGUUUCCGUUCUCUAACUUUAGUUUGCCUGAACCAAAUGCUACGAAACUUAUACACAAUGCUUAUUACCACAAAACACAGAUCAAGUUAUAAUUUUGGUGGUGUCAUUUAUAUCGUUCUAGAGUUAUGACCCUUUACAAAUGGAAAAAUUGCUGAAUUUAUCGUUUUCGUUCUCUAGCUUAAGUUUGCCUCAACCAAAUUUUAUGAAACUUAUACACAAUACUUAUUACCACAAAACUCAGAUCAAGUGCAAAUUUGGGUAGUGUCACUUUUACCGUUCUUCAGUUAUGUCCCUUUAUAACUUUAUAUGAUAUGCUAGCGGGGGCACAUUCCCCAUUUUUAGCUCACCUGGCCCAAAGGGCCAAGUGAGCUUUUCUCAUCACUUGGCGUCCGUCGUCCGUAAACUUUUACAAAAAUCUUCUCCUCUGAAACUACUGGGCCAAAUUUAACCAAACUUGGCCACAAUCAUCAUUAGGGUAGUAUCUAGUUUAAAAAAUGUGUCCGGUGACCCGGCCAACCAACCAAGAUGGCCGCCAUGGCUAAAAAUAGAACAUAGGGGUAAAAUGUAGAUUUUGGCUUAUAUCUCUGAAACCAAAGCAUUGAGAGCAAAUCUGACAUGGGGUAAAAAUGUUAAUCAGGUCAAGAACUAUCUGCCCUGAAAUUUUCAGAUGAAUCGGACAACCCGUUGUUAGGUUGCUGCCCCUGAAUUAGUUAUUUUAAGGAAAUUUUGCUGUAUUUGGUUAUUAUCUUGAAUAUUAUUAUAGAUAGAGAUAAACUGUAAACAGCAAUAAUGUUCAGCAAAGUAAUUGCUACAAAUAAGUCAACAUGACCAAAAUGGUCAGUUGACCCCUUAAGGAGUUAUUGCCCUUUUAUAGUAAAUUUUUAACAAUUUUUCGUAAAUUUUUGUUAUCUUUUACAAAAAUCUUCUCCUCUGAAACUACUAAGAUGAAUUUAACCAUAGUUGUAAACAAUCAUCAUUAGGGUAUGUAGUUUAAAAAUUGUGUCUGAUGACCCCGCCCGCGAACCAAGAUGGCCGACAUGGCUAAUAAUAGUACAUAGGGUAAAAUGCAGUUUUUGGCUCAUAUAUCUAAACCCAAAGCAUUUCGAGCAAAUCUUUCUAAAACAAAAUUGUUCAUUAGGUCAAGAUCUAUCUGCCCUUAAAUUUCAGACCAUUCAGGCAACCUGUUGUUGGGUUGCUGCCCCUGAAUUGGUAAUUUUUAGAAAUUUUUUCAGCUUUUGGUUAUUAACUUGAAUAUUAUUAUAGAUAGAGAUAAACUGUAAACAGCAAAGUAAGACCUACAAAUAAGUCAACAUGACCAAAAUGGUCAAUUGACCCCUUAAGGAGUUAUUGCCCUUUAUAAUCAAUUUUUAACAAUUUCAUAAAUUUUGUAAAAUUUUACAAAAUAAUUUCCACUGAAACUACUGGGCCAAGUUCAUUAUAGAUAGAGAUAAUUGUAAGCAUCAAGAAUGUUCAGUAAAGUAAGAUCUACAAACACAUCACCAUCACCAAAACACAAUUUUGUCAUGAAUCCAUCUGUGUCCUUUGUUUAAUAUGCACAUAGACCAAGGUGAGCGACACAGGCUCUUUAGAGCCUCUAGUUUGUAUAUUUGUUUUUGUUAGUGGUGUUCCAGAAAUAAUUUUAUAGAAGUCAGAGGGCACUUCAAAUUCAAAAAUAAUUUGUAUCAGUGUCAAAAGGCUCUUUGAAUUAAAAUUUAAUGGUGUGUAAUUGUUUUGAAAGAUUCACUAUAAAAAAAUAAAGAAUUUUUCAAUUUAACAGGCUAUGUAUUGUGGAAUAAAGUAAAAUGAAAUUUCCACUUUGACCCUCCAUUUUACAUUUAUUUCUGGAUCACUACCUAGUAAUGGCAAUGUAAAGGGUACCUAUAAUAACAGUGCAAUAUUUAACUUAUUUAUGCAUAUAUAGAUGUAUGUUUUAUUAUUUAAUUUUUCAAUGCACUGCAAUGCUAUCAUUGACAUAUUUUCUGUAUAAAGUAGUAUUAAGUUAAUACUGUGUACGAUAGUGGUUUCUUUAGUUACCUUAUAAUCAGCACAGCCAUCUUGUUAUACUGUGGAUUCAUUUAUUGUUGUGGGAAAGGGCUAUUCCAUUAAAAUGUAUGUGGGAGGGUAGGAAGGGACUUUCAAAAUAUCCCUACAACCAAGAACCAUAUUUUAGAUAAUUUUGCAUAAUGGUAUUAGACGCAUACUGAAAAAAGACCCAUGACCCACAUUCAAUAAUUAAACUUCCCGUCCUACCCUCCCACAUACAUUUUAAUGAAAAAGCCCUAAUAUUAUUUUGUGGAUUUGGGAAACAUUGGAUUUUCAUGGAUAUAUACAAUAUUAGGUCAAUGUCAGAAAAGUAUAAACUUUUCUGUAUGAGGCUGAGAAACUGGGGAAGGGCGAGGUUAUACCGAGCCCUUCCCCAAUUUUGUGCCAAAUACAAAAAAGUUUAUAUUUUUCUUACAUUGACCUAAUAUUGUUUUUAUACUGCAACAUAAAUUAAUACAUUGAUAGCUAUUUAAAUUUUAACACACAUUUCAAACUUAUUUUCAUCCCUAAAUGAACCCCUGAUUGUGGAAAAAGUGAUCCAUGAUGAAAUCGACAUUGCACAAAAUAUAGCUUUGUUACUAUAUUUAGGAAAUACACACAACUAGUUGCAGUAUAAAUUUGAUUUCAUGGCAUUCAAGCCUAAAGAAAAUUCAGUUUUCAAUGCACAUUUAAAUAUGUUGUUCACCUGUACCUACGAAGUCCAUGAAAAUUGGUACUGUAAAUUCAUAAAUUAUUGCGAUGUUUUUAUUUCAAUAAUUUAAACUCGCAUUUUGAAAUUUUUUAUAUGAAUUAAACAGGAUUUUUCUUAAUAUCGCAAAAAUUAAAAUCGCAUUUUAUUCUAAAAUGACAAAAUCGCAAUAAUAAAUGCACGCAAUAAUUUCUGAAUUUACAGUAUUCAACAAAUAAUAAUGAGUCCACAGUACUGUAAAUUCAGAUAUUAUUGCGAGGUUUUUAUUAAUGUGAAAAAUGCGACUGUGUCAGUAUCGCAAUAAUAAGAACUCACAUUUUGAUAUCUGAAACAUACAUCUGUAUGGAGAUUUUCCUGAAAUCGUAAUAACUAUUCUCGCAUUUUUAUCCAUUCUUAAAAAAUCACAAUAAUAAACGGACGCAAUAAUUUCUGAUUUUACAGUAUGUAUUAAAAAACAGUUGCUAGUUUCUCAAAGAAAAUUGCUUGCCAUUUUUUUUUUGAAAGUCAACGCUAGGACACAUUGUCUAAAUCUGUUUCAAUUCAUCCAGUUUUAAAAAAUAUUAAGCUGAUACAGAAAAUUGGUUCAUAAUAGAUUUUACUUUAUGUUUUGCAAGGUUACAUGAGUUAUUUUUAUAUGUUUUACAUUCCAUUGCAAUAGGUUAUUGUCAAUGUAAUAAAGUUUGUGUAUUUAAUUCAUGCUUUUGCUGUCAGAAUGGAUUGAAACAACUAGAUAUGAUAAAAAUAGUUCUAGUUAUGACAUAGAUUUUCCUAAUAACUAAAAAGAAAAUUAAAGUCAUUAUUCUGCAAAUUUGUUAAAUUGUUAUGGAUUUCCAGAGAAAACCAUGAAUUCAAGAAUUCAACAAAAUUUCUAUAUAUAGGCUCAUAUACAAAAUUAGUUGUCCAAAAGUAUUCAUGAAAAUAUGUACCCAUGCCAAUAAAUGAAUAUAUUGACAUUUUCUGUUGUUCAUAACUGAGUCUGUAGAUGGUAGAAAAUUAAUUCCAAAAUACCCUUAAAUUCAACUUACUUUCUCAGCAUAAUGUUGCAAACAUGUAAUGGAGAUACAGCUAUUAAGGAUCAUCCUAACAAAUGGACAAAAACUACUUCGAGUACAGAUAAACCUGUAACAUGACUUGGUCAAAAUUAUCCUUCUCAAACACAAAAUGUAUUUAACUUUUAUAUAUCUAGUUGACGCUAGGCCUUAAAACUUUUCCAACUGCACAGUUUGUUUGUAGUCAGAGUAAAUUUUUACAUGUAAACACAUCCAUUUUUGUGCAUUUGAUAUAAUGAACCUUACUGUCCAAUUAUCCUUGUUCAAAAAUAAAACUUCCAUUUCUACCCUCUAACAUUCAUUUUAAUGGAAUACUUUCCUUUUAAGAUCUGUGAUUAAUGAAGUAUGGAUCUCCCUUGUUCAUUCUUUCAAAAUGUGAUGUAAUUUGUAUUUAUUAUUUUAUUUAUACAUGUAAUAUUUUGAUAUUAUCUCAUUUGUAUAUAUAUUUGUGGAUAUUAAUAAUUAGCUAACAUUCCAUAUUUGAUCUGCCAAGACAGCUGCUUUUGGAAGUGUUUUCGUAUUUAAUGUAAUAUUUUCUAAAAUACUACAUCACAUCUUCUUAUUAGAUAUAUAUAGCAAGCAUUUGGAUCAUUCCUAAAAUGUCUUAACGAAAAACAUUAUUUCAUCAACCUAUAGAAUGUUGUUAAGGGCUAUUCAAAGGGAAAUGUAUGAAAGAUUUGGACACUUCAUGAUAUCGUUUUGUGGUUAAUAGAGGUGGAAGCAAAUACAAUUCUGUUACAAAUGAAAAAAAAAAUGAUGGGUGGUGGGGUGAUGUCCACUCCCAAGUAUAUUUUGUCUGGAAUGGCCCUUAAUGAAAAUGGGCAUUGCAUUUGCUAAAUUGCUUUUAAACAGAAGAUCAUUGCAUUUAUAAAUUUGAACUUUUAUUUUGUAAAAUGACUUGGUAUAAUACAACUGAGUGUAAAAUCUUGAUGUUGAGCUUGAAUAGCACAAAAUGACGUGAAGAAAUGGCUAUUUUUUUGCAAUGUUUAUUCUAUAACAUUAUUAGCUGUUUACUUAUGUUGUGCAAUAUGUUGGAAAUCUAAAAAUUAAUGUGAUGUGUUCAUUAAUGUUAAUGGGACAAUUUCUGAUAUUUUGACUUGCAUUUUCAUAUUUGCUGACUAUUUAUUUAUGCUACAUCAUUAAUACUAAUGCUAUUUAUUAGUCUGGCAUUAUUGUUGGGUGUCUGAGAUUUACAGAAAUAAACACAUGCAUUAAUAUUCUGAAUUUACAUUAUAUACAUAUUCUCAUUUCUGACUAUGAAAUUUUGCCUUUAUAUAGCUUAUUGGGUUUGUGCUUUCUUGGUGAAGGUAAAUCAAGAAAAGCAGUUUGUACCCAUGGUUUUUGUUAAUUUUCAUUUUCAAUUUAUUUUAAAAUGAUGAAUUAACAGGUUUAUAGUUUAUCUAUAUAUAUAAAAUUCGUACAAAGAUUGUGUCUUGCAAAAAUAUUUAUGAUAAAUUUUUUUAAGUUAUUUAUCAAUAUCUUAAAUAAUUUUCCAGUAUUAAAGUCAAUAAAAAGUGUGAAACUGUAAGUGUAAGAAAUCAAACAUACCUAUGAUUAUAUAGUCCCAGUUUAUUUUGUAAGGUUUUAUUGACUUCCCCCUUUUUGAAGUUACCUUGGGAUAUCAGUAAUUUUGUUAAUACUUUUAUACCACACAUCUAAACCCAGGUAAAACUGAUUGCUAGGAUAUGCAGAAAGUAGAAUAAAUUUUAUUGAUAUUGACAUAGCUUUGUUGAUUUUAUUGAUUUUUUAAUUAUUUUUUUUUACUCAUAAAUGUAGAAAUCAAAGUUGCUGAUUCUGCUCGAUUGAGAAAUGAAUGUUGUGAAUAUUUUUAGAUAAUGAAAUAGUGAGGUGUGUUGUGUUAGUUCUUUUAGAUACUUUAAGAUAUUUUUUUUAAUAACACUAAAGUGCAAGUGUUACUAUAAGGAGUUCAUCAUGGGAACUAGAGUAAGCAACAAGAUUUAAGGGGUGAUAAGUGUUACUACUGUAAAUCAACUAAUUUGUGCAAGGGAUAUAUGCAAGUUUCAACUCCCUCAGACAAAGUUGACUUAAGAUUGAUUUGGCUAUUCUUUGAGGUCCCUUUUGAUCAUAUAGCUCCUAAGAUUUCUACAAAACUGGCUUGCAUAUUUUGAAUUUUUUGAAAUUUCUAGAAAAACAAUUUGGAUGUUUGGACGUAUGGAAAACUAUGUCAAUUUUAAAAUCUUUUGUAAUGAUUUGACUUUAGCAGGUCUAAUUCCAUUAGAAUCUCACUGUUUAACUAUUUUAUAUCCAAUUUGUUGUGAUGACCUUGUCAUAUCCAAUUAACAGUUGUGACCUUGUCCUAUCACAUAAAUGGUGAUGACCUUGUCAUAUUCAAUUUAUAGUUGUGACCUUGUCAUAUCCAAUUAACAGUUUUGAUCUUGUCAUAUCCAAUUAACAGUUAUAACCUUGUCAUUAACAAAUAACUGUUGUGACUUAUCCAAUUAACAGCUGUGACCUUGUCAUGUCCUAUUAAUAGUUAUGACCUGGUCAUAUCCUAUUAAUUGUUGUGAACUUGUCAUAGCCUAUUAACAGUUGUGACCUUGUUAUGUCCAAUAAACAUCUAUGACCUUGUCAUAUCGAAUAUAUGAGUUUAACCUUGUCAUAUCCAAUUUAUAAUUGUGACCUUAUCAUAUCCAAUUAACAGUUGUGACCUUGUCAAUUCCAAUUAAUAGUUGUGACCUUGUCAUGUCCAAUUAAUAGUUGUGACCUUGUCAUAUCCAAUUAACAGUUGUAACCUUGUCAUGUCCAAUUAACAGUUGUGACCUUGUCAUGUCCAAUUAACAGUUAUGACCUUGUCAUGUCCAAUUAACAGUUGUGACCUUGUCAUGUCCAAUUAACAGUUGUGACUUUGUCAUAUCUAAUUAACAGUUGUGACCUUGUCAUGUCCAAUUAACAGUUGUGACCUUGUCAUGUCCAAUUAACAGUUGUAACCUUCUCAUGUCCAAUUAACAGUUGUGAACUUUUCAUAUCCAAUUUAUAGUUGUGGCAUUUGAUUUUGUCCAUUCCUUUGCAGAUUGGUCAUGUCCAAUAAAUUGCGGUGACUUUAUUUUAUUCUAUCAAUUAGUAAUACACAGUAGUGAACUGUUACAGGAAAUUUGAAUACGAAAUUAUAAAUGAGGUUUAUUGAUACCAUACUGAUUUCGAAUUUCUCAAAUUGUUUUGGUAUGUAUAUCUUUUAUUUAUUUAUAUUGCUCUAUCUUCAUGUUAUAUAUAUGUUAGGUAAAUAAACAUCUUUACAAAGUUC